AUGGCCAAAAGAAUAGCCGAUGCGCAAAUUACGCGAGAAAACUUCCGGGAAGAUUCCGACGGUGAAGAGAACGGGAAUAGCACAGUCAAUUUCAAGAAGGCAUCGGAAGAUGUGAUGCGCAAGAGAAAGAUCGCACAGCCCAGAAAAAAGCAUAUGUCGUUUCAAAGCAAUUAUAAUGAGUCUUCGAUGGCCAAUGCGUUUUCGCUUGGCAAGAAAACUGCAGAAACCAAAGAACAGGGCGCACCUUCGUCGGUCUCAAGUGGUGAAUCCGUACCAAACUUCAACACGAAGUUGAAUGCGCUCAACCUGCAAUUCAGAGACAAAGUAAACGAGUUUAUUACAAGUAAUCCGGUGGUGGAUCUGUCAUCUGUGCUGGAUAAAUACAAGGCGUAUUUGGAUAAAAUUCAUGACGACAACGUAAAAACGUUUGCUUCUGCACCAAAGGAAAAAGUGCCAAAAAACCAAGAACCUGUAGCCAGCAGCACCGCGGGUGCUAAAAAUGACAAGGGACCCACCUUCACGCUCACCGAACAGCCCAAGACAAGUUCUCCUGUCUUCACGUUUGGUCAACAAAAGAAGAGACAAGCUGCCUUGAGCGAUAGCGAAGAUGAGGUCGAGAUAAAGGGACCCUCUUUCACUUUUACUGGAAAUGAUCCAAAGGCCAAAAGUCCCUUUACUUUCAAGCCUGCAAGUGAAAAAUCACCCGCAUUCGGAUCGAGACCUUCUCAAGCGGAAUCGAAAUCGGUCUCGGAAACUAAGCCCGAAGUUGUUGGUCAAGAGAAGGAGCCUGCAUUCAAUUUUGUCUCUAAUUCGCUCAAGUUCGGCCAGACUCCCGCGAAUGCGAAUGCGAAUGCGAGUGUGGAUGUGAAUGCAGCUCAGCAGGCAAAUACAGCACCCUCUUCCAGCUUUUCCUUUGCUUUUGGAAAGCCAGCCGAAUCUGCUGCCAAACCUUCCUUUUCAUUCGGAACCGCUACUUCAGCGCCAACUGAGACAAAAUCUAUGGGCGACGCGACGAGCACCUCUGGUAUUAAAACAUUCAACGAUGACCAGAGCAAGGCUCAGAUUACCACUGAUUUUAAAGCAAGCUCAGGAUCUCAAAAGGAGCCUCAAAUCAAUGAUGAAGCGGGGGCUAGAGCACCUACGUCUCUCUUCGGCGUGUCCACACCAUCGGCUUCAAGCUCGGAAAAGAAGCCGGCAUUUUCCUUUGGUUCAACAACCUCCACAUUCGGUAAAGAUAAUUCCAGAACGUCUGCUCCAGCAGCGACCCCAUCUUUCACAUUUGGCAAGUCUUCUGAAACUUCCUCGUCCAAUAAAGAGGCCAAGCCUGACACAGCUAGUGUUGUCCCAAAACCCUCUUUCAGUUUUGGAAAAUCCACUUCAACUAAUGAUUCGAAUGGCACCACAUCGAGCAAGGGUUUCACAGUUGGUGUUACCUCGCGAGAAUCAAACCAAAAGGCGGGAAGUAUAGCUUCAGCGGGUGCCGCCAAGCCUGCCUUCACUUUUGGAACAACUUCUCAAGAGUCUUUGCCGUCUAAACCUGCCUUUUCUUUCGGAAACUCAAGCGCCCCAUCUGUGCCAAGCUUCAAUUUCGGAACUAAAAAUGACACGAGCGAGACAUCUACAGGCAACUUUAAGUUCUCUUUACCAUUUUCACCUGAGAAAGCUGCCCAGAAAAAGCCAGAUGCCGAGGAGCCUAAACAGGAAGAACAAGUCCGGGGCAGCCCAGAGUCAGAAGAUGAGAACGAGUCUUCUGUGGCUACAAGCAUGACGAAUGGAGAAGAAAAUGAAGAGGUACUAUUUUCGCAACGCGCCAAACUGAUGACGCUCAAUCCAGAAACGAAAGGUUAUGACUCGAAAGGUGUGGGAGAGCUCAAAGUUCUACGUGACAAAGAAGAUAAGUCAAACGUAAGGAUAUUGUGCCGGUCGGAUGGGAUGGGCCAUAUUCUGCUAAAUACAAAGCUGGUAAAAACUUUUAAAUAUGUUUCAGCAGAUGAAACGAAAGAGAAUUUCGUCAAGUGCCCAGUGGUUAAUUCUGACGGAAAACUUCAGACAUAUAUCGUCAGAGUCAAGCAAAAAGCGGAUGGCAGGCAGCUGUGUAAAUCUAUUGCUGAUGCGCAGAACUCUAUGUAA